UUCUUUUUAAUUUUAGUUUACUUCGUGUACUUUGUAAUAUUUUUUCUGAUGUUGUCCACAGAUCAGUAUUUCUUCCACAAAUGGACGAGGGGAAAGUCUUCCACAUCUUGCGCAUACAGAAAAUUGCUCUGAAAUUCAGGUUCUACUGCAACGACUGGAUCUGCCAUCGAUGACAAAUUAUUCUCGCUUUGCAUUUCCCGUCAAAAUUGUGAGCAGUGAUAAUUCGAGGGCAAAUAAUGAUGGAUUCUUCCAAGAUGAUCAUGCAUCGUUGGAUGAUGAAUUUUCACCUGGAGUUUUUGAGUUGCUAAAAGUGAUGUCUUCGAACAUCAUGAAGAGCUUGCCGGGCAGUUUUCUGAUUUGGCGCCCAAUCGCCUACUUGACUAAUGCCAGAGACUUCAACGACGCCACUGCGGUGAAAGUGAGUCAGCUGAAAGACGUGGACUCCAUGGGUUCCCAUGAUCUGGAUUCAGUACUUGGAGCAGUAUUCGGCAAUCGGACACUUGCCGUUAAAAUGCAGGCGAUGAAUGUCUCAUUCGGCUUGCCCGAAGAUGGGUUUUUCUUCGGGACCAACUAUACGGUUUGGAACCUGGUUGUUGGUCUCGGACUCCCACCGAAGGAUAAUUUUUCGCCUCUCAUUAUAUCCGCAAUUAUUGUCGUGGUCACCGCGCCCAUUGCAAUUGGGAUUAGCGGCGUCGUGUGCCUUGCCGUGAAGAGAAUAUCCGGGCGGAUGCGUCCUGAAACGAGCGUGAUACGUUCAUAAUUUUUUUUUUAUAUAUUUCGUGGUACAAUUCAAGCGUGAAUGCGCGGCUAUCUGUGAUUUACUUGCUGCGAACAUGCGUAUGUUCCUAUGCGUUGUAUUUUCGCUAUUACUGUAUUGGGAGUGUGGAAAAAGGAUUUAUGAUCAUGGAAAUUAUUCUAUGUUUUAUUAACAAGUGUGGGUUUCACGGAUCGCAUCAAAUGCCACUUCGCCUGAAAAAAAUCAAUUGACUCCAGGAAAAAACCUCGAGUCACAAUAAAAAGGGAAAAACACAGA